UGAAGGAAGAAUCAGCGGAACCUGGGAGGUCAAUUUCUCCGACUUCGACGAGACAGAGGAUCCUUGCAACGAGAAAUCCAUCGCCUUUCUCAAGCGUAACGGGCUCGAUUUCCAGAGAAUCAGAGAGGAAGGGGUUGGUAUCAAAGAAUUCUUCACAGAGUUUACUCAGAUGAUUAAAGAUGAAGAUAAGAAGAUGAAUUGGGUUACUUUCGAUGGAUC